AAAAAAAAAAUACUAACAACAAACUUUUUUGAACAUUCAUCUGAAGUACACUGCAUGGAAGCCUCCACAUUUACAUAUAAACCAAGAAAGAGUGAAAACGGACAUUGACAAUAUAAUUCAGUAAACAGACCAAUAGCUGUAAAAUUAGAUUGUGUAAAGGUGCAGUGAUUUCCUUCUCUCUUGUUCUGAAUUAUUGAAGAGCAGGCUUUAAAUUGCUAGUUUAGUUAAGACACAAUAAUUUAAAAUCAGUGAUCCCCAGCCUUCAGCAUGUGGGAAUUACGGUCUAUUUCGUUCUGGCGGGCAGUAUUUGCAGAAUUCUUUGCCACCAUGUUCUUCGUCUUUUUUGGGUUAGGUGCAGCUCUACGUUGGGGCACUGAGCCCAUGAAUGUCUUGCACAUCGCCUUUUGUUUUGGACUGGCUGCUGCCACCCUCAUCCAAUGUGUGGGUCACAUAAGCGGGGGACACUUAAACCCUGCUGUCACCUUUGCAUACCUGAUUGGCUCCCAGAUGUCUCUGUUUCGUGCUGUCUUCUACAUUGCUGCACAGCUGCUUGGUGCAGUGGCAGGGGCCGCCGUCCUGUAUGGAGUCACACCCACUAGCAUCCGAGGGAAUCUGGCACUGAACACGCUCAACUCUAGAGUUAGCCUGGGCCAGGCCACCACAAUUGAGAUCUUCUUGACACUACAGCUCGUUGUCUGCAUUUUCGCUGUUACAGAUGAGAGAAGAAAUGGGCGCAUAGGGUCUGCGGCUCUAGCCAUUGGCUUCUCUGUCACUUUGGGCCACCUUCUGGGGAUGUAUUACACUGGUGCAGGAAUGAACCCUGCUAGGUCCUUUGCUCCAGCAGUGCUCAUCAGAAAUUUUGUCAACCACUGGGUUUAUUGGGUUGGUCCCAUGAUUGGUGGUGCCAUUGGGGCUCUUUUGUAUGACUUCCUCCUUUUCCCCCGGAUGCGAGGUCUGUCAGAAAGACUGGCUGUGCUGAAGGGCAGCCGCCCUCCAGAAACUGAUGGGCAGCAGGAUAAUCGUGGUGACCCUAUUGAACUGAAGACACAAGUGCUAUAAAUACUCUUUGCACAUCAUCAUUAAUCCUUCCCAAUUUUCAGUCCCACCUCACUUUCCCUCUCAACACACUCCUCUUAGCUCGUAUAGCCUGUGGCAAGCAAGAGACUAAGUUACUGUAUAUACCAGUUCUGUAAAAAUUCAAACUUAAUGUACUUACAGUAGGUUUCAGAAAUUGGAUAUAUAAAGGAAUUUAAAAUUCUAAGGAAAAAACAGAGAAUAGAUAAAUAUCUUUAGCAAUGUUGGCCAAGAGCAGUGGUGAUUCAUUACAAUUUACCUUAAUGCUACUCCCCCACACAUAUAUUUUUUGAAUUUAAACUGUUUCUCUGUGGGUUUUAUGUUCCAUGAUUGCAAACUGUCAUAGGAGUAUGGAGAACUACACACCCCCUCCUACUCAGAGGCAUCUUCUACUCAACACUAUUAUGUUCAGUGCCAUAAGAUUUUUAAGUCAGUGUCAAUAUAGACACAUACAGACCCACAAAUAGUAUGCUGUAUAUACAUAAAGUAUAGGCUUAAUACCUAUGCACAGUAUUAAUUCCAUAU